GAUAAAUCAUCCAAAUUUUGCUUUGAAAGGUUUAUUUGUAGAAAAAGAAACAAUUUUUUUUUUUCUAAUAUCGGGAAAAUAACCGAAGUUCUAUCCCUUCCCCACAUUCUGAUUUUACCAUAAACAAAACGUUUCCCUCAAUUCCAUAAUCUAGACGACGCCAACAAUGGCUCUAACCAUCCAUAUUCUUUAAUAUCAAUCUGUAGAACUUGAAAAAAAAACCACAAAAAAAGAGGUAAGAGUUGAAGAAUUACCUGAGAUUAGGCUCAGGAUGGCCUUGAGGAGCAGCUCCUCCCCAAUUCAUCCGCCGCAACUCCUAGGCCUUCUGUCCUUUAUCCUCCUGGUUAGCUCCUAUAUUACUUUGGCCCUUCGUGUUGGCGUCGUUCUCAGAAAGCACCCCGAGCCCGCUCUGCCCGUUUUCCAGGAAGCCCCGGCUUUCAGGAACGGGGAUCAGUGUGGAAUCCGAGAGGGUGAUCAGAUCCACAUCGCCAUGACGCUCGACACAAACUACCUCCGUGGAACAAUGGCGGCUGUCUUGUCCCUGCUGCAGCAUUCCACGUGCCCUGAAAACCUCUCCUUCCAUUUCCUCUCCCUUCCUCAUCUCGAAACCGAGCUCUUCACCAGCAUCAAAUCCACGUUCCCGUAUCUCAAUUUCAAGAUUUACCAGUUUGACUCUAACCUUGUCCGCAGCAAAAUAUCGAAAUCGAUAAGGCAGGCCCUUGAUCAGCCGCUGAACUACGCGAGGAUCUACCUCGCGGAUAUUCUACCUAUCAAUGUGGGCAGGAUUAUCUAUCUGGAUUCCGACCUUGUCGUUGUAGAUGAUAUAGAAAAACUGUGGCGUGUGGAGAUGGAGGAAAAAAUCGUGGCAGCUCCUGAGUAUUGCCAUGCCAAUUUCACCCACUAUUUCACAAACGCUUUCUGGUCAGACCCGGAAUUGGCUAAAGUGCUUGAAGGAAGACACCCGUGUUACUUUAACACAGGGGUGAUGGUAGUGGACGUGGAAAAAUGGAGGAAAGGAGGCUAUACACAGAAAGUAGAGGAGUGGAUGGGGGUGCAAAAGCAAAAGAGGAUUUACCACCCGGGAUCAUUGCCUCGAAUCCUGCUGAUAUUUGCCGGAGACAUAAAGGCGGUGAACCACAGGUGGAACCAGCACGGUCUCGGGGGCGAUAAUUUUGAAGGGAGAUGUAGAACGUUGCACCCGGGUCCGAUUAGCCUUCUCCAUUGGAGUGGAAAAGGGAAGCCAUGGCUGAGGUUGGAUUCGAGGAAGCCGUGCAUCGUUGAUCAUCUAUGGGCUCCAUAUGAUCUGUACCGUUCAUCAAGACAUUCAUUAGAAGAGUAGAGAGCAGCAGUUGGGCUAAGACAAAAAGGCCAUCGAGAGAGCAAGUUUUCCAUUUGGUUCCAAAACAAGUGAAAGUCUAAGAGAAACCGGGAGAGAACUAAACACACUGAUGCAAGAGAUGUGCAUUAGGGUUCCAUGGUAUCCACAAAGAUGAUACCCUUUUUUCCUCUCUCCUUCGUUUCCUGUUCUUUGCUCUCUGGAUUCAAUUCAGAAUCCGCGUUGUACAAUAGGUAGUAAAUCUGUACAGAAGGAAGAUUCUAUUCAUUCCUUUAACAAGAGGAAAAAAAAAUUCAAUUCAUUCUUCAUUCAA